AUGGUUUUAGUUAGUAAGGGAGAUUUUAUAUGGAUCGAGCCGUUGGCUGGCGAAGGGAUCCCGGUGGGUGCUCGAGUGCUUGACCAGGAUCAUGGUCGCCUAAAAGUCGUUGACGAUUUGGGGCAGGAACAAUGGCUUUCUGCCGAUCGACGAGUACGUAUCAUGCAUCCAUCAUCGGUCCAAGGUGUUGAGGAUAUGACAAAACUUGGCGAUUAUCAUGAAAGUGCUAUACUACGGAAUAUUCUCGUACGAUAUCGCGAGAAACUCAUCUAUACGUAUACGGGUUCAAUACUAAUAGCUGUGAAUCCAUACAUGGAUAUACCAAUCUACGCCGCUGAACAGAUCCGUAUGUAUAAACGAAGAAAAAUUGGUGAACUCCCACCUCAUAUCUUUGCAAUAGCGGACAACGCCUAUUCGAAUAUGAAAAAACAUCGUAAGAAUCAGAGCGUUGUUAUCAGUGGUGAAUCCGGUGCCGGUAAAACUGAAUCCACGAAAUUAGUGCUGCAGUUUCUUGCCACCAUCAGCGGUCAACACAGUUGGAUCGAACAACAAGUGUUGGAGGCGAAUCCAAUUCUCGAAGCAUUUGGAAAUGCUAAAACUGUACGAAAUGACAAUUCGUCACGGUUUGGAAAAUAUAUUGACGUACAUUUCAAUACCGUGGGAUCAAUCGAAGGAGCUCGAAUUGAAAAGUAUCUACUGGAAAAAUCUCGUAUAGUCUCACAAUCACAAGGUGAAAGGAACUACCAUAUUUUCUAUUGCCUCCUGGCCGGAUUAUCAGCGGAAGAGAAAAAACACCUCGAGCUAACUCGAGCUUCGGAUUUCUUCUACCUGACACAGGGAAAAUCCUUAGAAGCUGACGGUCGCGACGAUGCAGCUGAUUUGGCCGAGAUUCGUUCCGCGAUGAGGGUGUUGCUGUUCAAGGAACCCGAGAUCGGAGCGAUCUUUCAGCUUCUGGCGGCACUUCUUCACGUGGGAAACGUCAAAUAUCGAGGAACUGUUGUUGACACUAUAGAAGGAGUGGAAGUGAGUGAUGCAGCAAACGUGGCCAGGAUUGCCAGGCUACUACAGGUUUCUGAGCAAAACCUGCUCAGUACUUUGACGACGAGGACGAUAGUAACACGUGAGGAACGAGUUGUGAUGAGGUUGUCAUCACGUGCCGCUGUGGAUGCUCGUGACGCUCUGGCCAAAGGGAUUUAUGGACGUCUUUUUGAUUAUAUUGUCAUGAGAAUCAAUGACGCGAUCUAUAAACCGCGUAAUGAUCCAACUCAUCGACAUUCUAUCGGUGUCCUCGACAUUUUUGGAUUCGAAAAUUUCGAAACGAACAGUUUCGAGCAAUUAUGUAUCAACUAUGCUAACGAAACUCUUCAACAAUUCUUCGUCCAGCAUAUUUUCAAAAUUGAACAGGCCGAGUAUGAUCAAGAGCAAAUCAAUUGGCGCCACAUUAAAUUCGUGGACAAUCAGGAGACACUCGAGAUGAUUGCCGUCCGACCGAUGAAUUUGUUCUCGCUAAUCGAUGAGGAGAGCAUCUUCCCGAAGGGAACCGAUCAAUCAAUGCUGAACAAACUGCACACGACUCAUUCAAAAGGUAGCCUCUACCUGAGGCCAAAAUCUGAUCUACAGCGAUCGUUCGGAGUGAAACACUUCGCUGGACCUGUGUAUUAUCACACAAAAGGAUUUCUCGAGAAAAACCGUGACGCGUUCUCGGCUGACCUGCACGCGCUAGUACAAUCCUCAAAAAUGCACCUUUUGCUACGAAUUUUUGAUAAUGUGGAGUAUGAGAAUGGCACUACAAGAGGUAAAGGAGUCACCGUAAGCGGUCAAUUCCGGAAAUCAUUGGAUCAAUUGAUGCAGCAGUUGAAUCACACUGAACCGUUCUUCAUACGUUGUAUUAAGCCGAAUGAAUUCAAAAGAGCAUUGAUGAUGGACCGUGACUUAGUGCUACGACAACUACAGUAUUCCGGUAUGAUGGAGACGAUCAAAAUCCGAAGGAACGGCUACCCCAUACGUCACGAUUUUGAACCGUUUGUACGACGUUAUCGUGUCCUGGUGAACGGAAUUGGUGCAGCUCAUCGCAUAGACGCUCGCCUAGCGGCUGAACAAAUCUGCAAACAGGUGCUGGGUGCUAACUCGGAGUUCCAACUGGGCAAGACGAAAGUUUUCCUAAAAGAGAAACAUGAUCUUUAUCUUGAACAGGAGUACCAUCGUAUGUUAGCAUUCCGUGCCACCGUUAUUCAAAAGAACGUCAAAGGUUGGUUAGCUCGACGAUCCUUCAGAAAGCGGAAGGAGGCAGCAACUGUGAUUCAGAAGCACUGGAGACGUUAUGAUCAACAGAAACGCUACAAUCAGAUCAUUGCCGGAUUCUGUAGACUGCAAGCCGUGCUUCGCUCACGACAACUCGUCCAACACUAUACGACACUUCGAAAUAACAUCAUACAGUUCCAGGCAGCGUGUCGAGGAGCGAUAGUUCGAGCUAAGAUCAGAGAACUGAAACAAAAAGGAGAAAGUAGGAUUAUUACGAAGGAGGAAACGAGAGAAGAGGAAGUCGAGGAAAUCAAAGAGGAAGAGUUGGUUGGCCAGCUCUUCGAUUUUCUUCCAUCAGAUUCCCGCCCUGAAACCUCUGCAGAUAAUGAGUCAACAACUAGCGAUCCUCUACCUAUAGAUAUCCAGACUAAUAACGUUAUCGAUGUGGGUGAUCUGGAGAAAUAUCAAUUUGGCAAAUUUGCUGCCACCUACUUCCAAUCACAAAUCACUGCCACACAUUCGAGGAAACCACUGAAGUCACCGCUGCUUUCACAUGAAGAUCCUGGAACACAAUUAGCUGCAAUGGCUGUCUGGAUAACGAUACUUCGAUUUAUGGGUGACAUGCCAGAUAUGAAGCACACUUCCAGUAAUGGAGAGAUUCAGGAUAAAACUCCGGUGAUGAGUCGAUUAUUCGAAACGUUGGGUCGUAAAUACAGUCGUAAGGACGUGGAAGAAGCUGCACAAGCUGAUCAAUUUGACGCGGUUGGGAGGACAUUGAAAAAGAGCAUGGGCAAGAAGUUGAUCUCGAUGACACUUAAGAGGAAAUCAAAAUUGUCCUCGAUAAGCUCAUCGUCUUCGGAACAUUCGUCCGAAUCCUCCUCGUCCUCAUCGAAUGCGUUGAUGGAAAACCGGCCAAUGAGUUCAUUGGAUAAACUUCAUUAUAUUAUCGGGAUGGGAAUUCUUCGGGAAGAAUUGAGAGAUGAAAUUUACUGCCAACUAUGCAAGCAGCUCACCUCAAAUCCGUCACGAUUAUCCGCUGCUCGUGGAUGGAUACUGUUAUCGUUGUGUGUUGGAUGUUUCGCGCCUAGCUCACGAUUCAUCAAAUAUCUCUACUGUUUCAUCCGAGAAAGAGGUCCUACAGGAGCCGGGUACUCAUCCUACAUGGAAGAACGGCUAAGACGAACCGAGCAAAAUGGAUGCAGGCAUCAACCUCCUAGUUACAUCGAAUUGCAGGCAAAUAAAUCCAAGAAACCUAUCGUGCUAGCGAUCACAUUCAUGGAUGGAUCCGUAAAAACACUUUGCGCUGACAGCGCGACUACCGCCGGUGAACUCUGCACACAACUUGCGCAAAAAGUCGGACUUAAGGAGAAAUUCGGCUUCAGCUUGUACAUAGCUCUUUUUGACAAGGUGUCAUCGUUAGGAUCUGGAUCCGACCAUGUGAUGGACGCAAUCUCGCAAUGCGAACAGUACGCAAAGGAACAAGGACGACAGGAGCGUAAUGCGCCGUGGCGAUUGUUCUUCCGAAAAGAAAUCUUCACGCCUUGGCACGAUGCCAAAGAUGAUCCGGUGAGCACGAAUCUUAUCUACCAGCAAAUAGUUCGAGGAAUUAAAUACGGGGAGUAUCGUUGCGAUAAGGAAGAUGACCUCGCAUCACUCGCAGCUCAGCAAUAUUUCGUCGAAGAAGGUCCAUUGGACGUUAAUCGCCUCGAGAGCCAACUACACAACUACUUACCGGAUUUCGAGCUUAACGGCAAGGAAAUGGCUAGAGAACGUUGGAUUCAAUCCGUUAUGUACCAUUAUAGAAAGAAAUUCGGCACCAAUCCUCCAUCACCGCAUCAUGUUAAGGAAGAUGUGGUAUCGUUUGCCAAAUUUAAAUGGCCCCUGCUGUUUUCGAGGUUCUAUGAGGCCACGAAAUUCUCCGGUCCUCCUCUUCCACGUAAUGACGUCAUCGUGGCGGUGAAUUGGACCGGCAUUUAUGUGGUAGAUGACCAAGAACAUGUGCUGCUCGAAUUCAGCUUUCCAGAAAUUACCAGAGUCUCACAUAAUCGAGGACCACGAGCUGGAUUCGAUACGUGCACGAUCAAAACGGUCACCGCUGACGAGUACUCCUUCCAAUCUCCGAACGCAGAAGACGUUAAGGAUUUGCUGACGACGUUCAUCGAAGGUUUGAAGCAGCGGAGCAGAUAUGUGGUUGCCACGAAACCGCAAACGGGCAACGACUCCAUGAAUCUGCUCGACUUCGAGUGUGGAGAUCUUCUGGUGCUCACGAAUAAAACGACAGGCAAGGAUCUGUUGAAUGAAAAACUUGUGAAGGGAGAAUGCGCCCGAACGUGCUUGCAAGGCUUAAUCCAGACGGAAAACGUUUAUGUUCUACCCACCCUUGUUAAGCCAAAUGUCAAUACAUUGCAACUCUUUUCCAAAGGUGAACAAACGGCGCUGGAUAUUCUCAACAAUAAUCAAGUUGUUGUCAUACAAACAGAUGGUCGACCACAUACUUUGGAACAUUUUGCAGCUGCAAAUUUCAGACCUCCAACUCGUCCAUCCUCAACUCAACGAUCGUUGAUGACCUUACGACGACGAGACGUCGCUCCUAUACCACGAUGGCGAUUCAGUCGUGAUCCGCAGGAUGUGCCGCUUUUGAAAAAAUUGGAGGAACGGGAAGAACAAUGUCGUGAUGCGAGCUCAAUGUUCGUCUUCGUAAUGAAAUAUAUGGGAGAUCAACCGUCAAGACGAAGUAGACUCGGGACGGACCUUACGGAUAACAUAUUUAAACCCGCUAUAGCUCAUGAAAUUCUUCGAGACGAACUGUACUGUCAACUUUUGCGACAGGUCACCUUUAAUCCAUCAAUGCUAUCCGAGGAAAGGGGUUGGGAGCUGAUUUGGUUGGCAACGGGUCUUUUUGCACCAAGCACUAGCUUAAUGAAGGAGGUAGUCCAAUUCUUCAAAUCGAGGCCACAUCCAAUAGCACACGAUUGCCUAGCGAGGAUAAUGAAGAUGAAUAAAGGAUGUUCUCGAAAAUUCCCACCGCAUCUGGUUGAAGUUGAAGCGAUUCAACAAAAAACUACACAGAUAUUCCACAAAGUCUAUUUUCCUGAUCAAUCUGAUGAAGCUAUAGAGGUGGAAUCAUCCACAAGAGCUCGGGAUUUCUGUCAUCGGAUAGGUCAUCGAUUGGGAUUGAAGAAACGUGACGGAUUCUCGCUCUUUGUUAAAAUUAAAGAUAAAGUGCUGGCAGUGCCCGAAAAUGAAUUCUUCUUCGACUUUGUUCGUCAACUUUCUGAUUGGGUACAGAACAAUCAUGCUCUUAAGGAAAUUCCACUCAUUCCUGUGAACUAUCAAGUAUUUUUCAUGAGAAAAUUAUGGAUGAACGUAAAACCAGGAGAGGAUAAAAGCGCUGAUCUAAUAUUCCACUAUCAUCAGGAAUGUCCAAAAUAUCUUCUUGGAUACCAUAAGAUAGGUAAGCAGGAGGCGAUCGACAAUGCUGCACUUAUACUCAGAGCGAUAACGAAGGACUCAAAGAACGCUCCUCUAGCACAAAUACCUCAACUUCUUAGCGAAUUGGUUCCGAAAGAUAUGAUGAAGAUCACAUCGACUAAUGAGUGGAAAAAGAUGAUUUCGUCAGCAUACGUGAAAGUUGAGCAUCUUACAUCCGAUCAGGCAAAGAUCGAAUUCCUAACAAUCAUGGCUAAGAAGGAGACAUUCGGUUCCGCGUUCUUCCCGGUUUCCCAGUACUCGGAUCUAAGCUUGCCGGACAAAUUAUUAAUUGCAAUUAAUCAGAAAGGUGUCCAUCUUUACGAUGCGGAAUCGAAAAAAUUAAUUACAGAGUACCCAUUCAACGUCAUAUGUAAUUGGACGAGUGGAAAUACCUAUUUUAACAUGACGGUUGGGAAUGGAUUGAGAGGAAGCGAAGGAAAGAAACUUCUCCUUGACACGACUAUGGGUUAUAAAAUGGACGACUUGAUCACUUCGUACAUAUCAGUUCUUAUCUCCGGUCAAACAAUUCGGCCUAACACAUGGAAGCAUGAAUCAGUGAUUUGA